CAAACGUGGAACGUGAAAAGUUGUACUACUGGCUGGUUCGAUGAUGUGAUUUGAAAAACAAGAUGGCGGCGUGGGUGUGGUUGGCGGCACUGUUCUGCGGAAGUCAGGCUGCCGUGCUGCCGCCGCCGUGGGCCGACGUGCGCCGGAACCCUUGCGCCUCGCACCCUCGAGGCUGGCUGAUGCUGUACUGGCCCUCCGACGGGAAAUGCUAUACUAUUUAUAAGAAAGGCCACCCGUGCCCCGAGACGCAGGAGCUGUCUCCCGGCCGCUGGGGGGGUCGCACAGUGGCGGAGUGCAAGUGCCCCCCCGGCACGGCCCAGCUGCCCCGCACCACCACAUGCCACAAACUGUUCGAGCGGGGCCCCUGCCGCCACGGCGAAUACUUCGCCCCCGUUGAGGAGUCAUUUAAUAUGCGCGGGGAGCGUCAGGGCAUGUGCGUGCGGCCUCAGUCCUGCGCGGACGAGACGCUCCUCUACUGGCCGCCGGACGGCCGCUGCUACUACCGGCUGACGCAGGGGCCCUGCUACCCCGGCGCCAUAUUGGACGUGGGACGAGACGGACUUGCGAACUGCACGUGUUCAGAGUCGAGUGCCCACUACUGGGCCCCGGACGGCGGUUGCUACGCCCACUACACGCGGGGGCCCUGCGACCGCGGGGCCCUGUUCCUGCCGGGGGCCCGCUGCGGCUGCGAGAUACACCUGCCGCAUUAUCACAACGAAACCAAUGGAUGUUACGAAUUAGACACCCUAGGGCCGUGCCCCAAAGGCCACGUGUUCUCAGGGGCGGAUACCGGCGGGGGCACCUGCCGUUGCAAGCCGUUCCACGCGCGCGCCGCGGACGGGGCCUGCUACAGGCUGUACACGCAGGGCCCCUGUGGCCCCGGCGAGAUGCUCGCGCGUGGUGGCCGGUGUACUAAGGUACCGUGCGGUCGCGGUCGUCUGUACGUGCCGUCGCGGCGGCGGUGCUACCGGCCCGGCGCGGCGGAGCCCUGCCCCGCCGGCGCGGUGCUCGCCUUCGACCUGGACGCGCGCCCCGCCCUGGACGGCCUCAGUCACAACGGUGUCUGCGCGUGUGGCACGAAGAGAUGUGAUAGCGACCCGGAUGUCACAUGCGCAUCACGGAGCGUGUCAGUGGCAUAUCAAGGCUCAUGCCACUACCUGCGGGCGCGGGGCCCCUGCGGUGCGGGGGCCUGGCUCACUCGCGCCGGGGGCACCGUCAAGUGCCGCUGCCGUGAUGACAGUUGUACCGAUCCCGAGCCGAUCACGAACAGAACUAUAGUGCCUAGUUGA